GAAGAAAACAAAAAAAAAACAAAAACAAAACUGGACAAGGAGCGAGUCAAAAAUUUGCUAAAUUCAUUAGCGAUUUUCUUCCAUGAUUAUUAUUUCUUCCAUAUUUCUUACUAACUCACCAAGGAAAUUUCGGUUACGGCGUGUAGUCUAUUAUUUAUUUGUUUUUGGCGUUGCGAAAGAGCGCUGGUCGUCGCGUGUUCUAUGUGAAUCCGGAUAUUAUAGAAUUCGUUAAACGAAAAAAAACAAAUAAUAAUAUUAUUGAUAGAAAAAAACAAAACUACACGAAAGAGUGUUGCUGCGAUAAUGAUUAAAUAACGAUAAUUAUAUUAGAAUGAAAAAUUAGUAAAGAAUUUUUUUUGGCGCGUAUAAGGAGUGAAAGAAUAACUAAAAUUAACAAAAGUUAUAUAUAUUUUAAUAACUUCCCAACGAUGUUUCUGCGAAUCAAAGAUGCUGAGAAGGCAUAAAAAAUAACUAUAAAUUUGUUGUAAAGUUUGAGAUACUAACAAGCAAAAAAAAAAUAUAAUAAAAAUAAUCACACGAAACUUGGAUUCCCAUUGUCUUUGGGCGAUUUAUAUUUAUAUUUUCUGAAACCACAUAUGUACAUGUGAUGUCUUCCAAGUGCUUUAAUCAAUACUAAACAUUAAAAAAUAAAUAAACAAACAAAACUACAAGCUUAAUAGAGGAUUUUAAAAAGCAUGUUAAUCCUAAAACUCCAUAAAAUGUUAACGAAUUCAAUAACAUUGCUGUUACUAACAGCGCUGCUGCUCUGUCUGCAGCAAUGCACAAUAAAUGCCUACCGCCAUAAGGCGGCCAAUUACGAAUUAUUGGACAAUGACUCGCGUUUUAUAUCAUAUCAAGAUUUAAUGUCGACUUCGAAACGUUUCAUCGAUCCAAAUACGACUUAUUAUUCGCAAAUGUUAUUUGAUGUGGCGCGAAAUCAAGUUAUUGUGGGUGCACGCGACUCAAUUUAUCGCAUGUCCUUCGAUUUGAAGCCACUGGAACGUGCCAUUUGGGCUGCACCGCCCGAACAGAUUGGUAUUUGUCAGGUAAAAGGCCAGUCGGAGCGUUUGUGUCGCAACUAUGUGCGCGUACUCCAAAGCUACGGUGAGAAUCAAUUGUACGCGUGUGGGACGAACGCCUUUCAGCCGCAAUGUUCAUGGCGCCAGAUGGAGAACCUUACGAUUGUGGCCUACGAUAAUGGCGUGGGCAAGUGUCCCUUUAAUCCGCACUCGAGUAUAACCAGCCUCAUGUCCAGCACGGAUAAAAUGUUUGUCGGCACAGCGACCGAUUUCUCAGGUGGAGAUCCGGCGAUCUUACGUACCGAAGUGCAGCCGAAGAAGAUCUUUGGCUACAGACAUAUUGUGCGCACUCAACAGUAUAACAACAAUUGGCUGAAUGAUCCGCAUUUCGUGGGCAGUUUUGAGGCCGGCAAUUUCGUGUAUUUCCUAUUCCGCGAGCCCGCUGUGGAGUACAGUAAUUUUGGCAAGAUCAUCUACUCGCGCAUUGCCCGAGUUUGUAAAAAUGACUCUGGCGGCGAUCACAUUUUGAAGAACAGUUGGACUUCGUUCGUCAAAGCGCGUCUGAAUUGCUCACUACCCGGCGAAUAUCCGUUUUACUUUGAUGAGAUACAGGGCAUGACCUACUCGGCUGACGAGGAUGUACUCUAUGCCACGUUUACGACACCAGCUAACAGCAUACACGGCUCCGCGAUUUGUUCCUAUAAUCUCUCCGCUAUAAAUGCCGCUUUUGAUGGCCCAUUCCGCUAUCAGGAUUCCGCCGAUUCUGAUUGGCGUGUCGUGGAUAUGUCGCACCGCAGUCAGUUUCAAUGUGAGACGCCUUCUCCGGACAUGCGCUACAAGCGCCUACUCGAGUCAUCGAAAUUCCAGCUGAUGGCGCAGGCCGUACAGCCCAUGACGGAGGAGCCGCUUUAUUACUCCAAGUUAGAACGUUACCAGCAUAUCGCUUUAGACACACUACAAACAAAGUCUGAGAAAGUGCAUGUACUCUUCGUCUCUACGGAUGAUAAGCGCAUUAAGAAGCUUUCAGUUAAACAUCAACUGGAAGAGCGCCGCGCACAGACAUGUCUGGUAGAGGUGUGGCAAUCAUCGGAGUUUAAUGGUGCUGAUGGUGAAAUUCUUAAAAUGGAGUAUUUGAAAGUAACCGAUUCGCUGUAUCUUGGCACUGAGCAAGCUCUGAUAAGCAUACCGGCGCAACGUUGCAGUCGUCACGUGUCGCAGAGUAGCUGCCUGAACGCCAUGGAUCCUUAUUGUGGUUGGAAUGAGUUGAUUGAGCGUUGCACGCCACAGGAGCUCGUGCAACAGUUGAAUAAGUUUUGGCUGCAACCUGAAACCUUGCAAUGCCCCAUCUUGAAUGCGCCCAUCGAUGGCGGUUGGUCCACCUGGUCGGAGUGGUAUAAAUGUAAGAAACAUGGCGAUGCGGACGGCAAUUGCAUGUGUCGCACGCGUGAGUGCAAUAAUCCACAACCACAGAAUGGCGGGCGCAGCUGCGAUGGCAUCACCACAGAGGUAACGAACUGCACGGUGCAUGGCGAUUGGACAAAUUGGUCCGACUGGUCUGCAUGCUCACAAACCUGUGGUAUUGCGGUGAAGACACGCAGACGUACAUGCGGCAACCCCAAACCAGCGCAUGGUGGACGCACUUGUGUGGGUGAAGACCAUCAAGAAAUGUACUGUCGUCAUUUGCCGCCAUGUCCUACGCCAAAACUUCAAGCCAUCGAUGGCGGUUGGGGACCAUGGGGUGUGUGGAGCGAGUGCAGUACGCAGUGUGGUGGCGGUUUUCGCAUUCGACGUCGUGAAUGCAACGAUCCCGUGCCGCAGCAUGAUGGGCAAGAAUGCGCGGGCUGUGCCAUCGAUUAUGAGGUGUGCAAUGUGCACGCCUGCCCUGAAGUAAAGAAGUUGAGUUCAUGGACUCCUUGGUUGGUGGAGUACAACGACAGCCGCAAGAGCGCCGAGGCUAGUGGCACAUAUGUUGAACGUCGCUUCCGUUACGCCUGCCGCGGUAGCACUACCGACAUGAAUAGCCUACGCAUAACUCUAGCUAAAGAGGAGACGCGCAUAUGUCAUGCGGAUGGCAGCUGCCAGCGUCAUCAUGAAGUGUAUGGCGUAGCGGGCGCUGCGGCUGUAGCACCGGCAGUCUCGGAGGAGCGCGAAGAACAUGGUGAGUGGAGUCCUUGCAAUGCCAGCUGCGGCGGUGGCAUGCAGUAUCGCCUGCACGAUGGCGCUGGUAAGCACCGCGGACGUCAUGCUACUCAGGCGCGUGUCUGUAAUAUACAACCCUGUGAGGAGCCUGCAAUCGUUGUGCCUUCAGCGACUCUGAAUGAAGUGGUUCAAGUGCACGAGUGGAGUUGUUGGACGGAUUGGUCACCAUGUUCGGUUACUUGCGGCAUGGGUAUUAGAAGACGUACGCGCCGUUGCUUAGGUGGACACGACAGAAUGUGCGCUGGCAAGGCGAUUGAGGAGGAGAAGUGCGCAAUGACGCCGUGCACAGAUUUUCUUGGCUGGAGCACGUGGAGUACUUGGUCGGAAUGCUCUAGCGACGGCAUACGUAUACGCCAUCGCAAGUGCAUGGUGGACACACCUUCAGCAUCGGAGUGCCGUGGUGCGGAAAUCGAGAAGACCGCUUGUGUGCCGAAUGAAUAUGAAGCACUUCGCCUCUCCUCCAGCACCUCCUGGCCUUGGAUCACACUACUGAUAUCCAUAAUCUACAUACUCACCAUCAUUGGAACAUUCUAUUUGACCAAGCGCUUCAUAAAACCCGUCGAUUUGGCGUUGAAUAAGAAUAAUACACCCCCUGCGCCCGGCUAUGACUCCUACGCCAAUCAGUAUUCCAGUCUGCCGACAAAGGACUCUCUAAAUUUACAGAUCUACGAAGUGCGUCCGAAAGUUAAGCGGCAAUCCAGUUUCAAUAUGUGCUCACCCUCGCCGUCGAAGAGCUGCAACAGUGGCACGCUGACGCGCAACAAUAUGGCGCACAAUCAUACACCGAAAGUGUUGGCGAAGACAUACAACGACUGUGAGACGGGCACGCUGAAGAGGAACUCCCACCAGCUGAAUAAUUAUCGUUCGAAUAUUGAUGAUGAGAAGUUCUAGUGAAAGCUAAGCGAGGAAAAAUAACACUCCAGCCGAUUUGGGUUGCGUGGGUGCUGAUUGCUGAUUGCUGAUUGAAGGUGCCUCAAGUCGCCAGUGGGGCGUUGCAGUUGCUGUGACUGAGUACGCGUGCGCGCAGUGCCUUCAAUUUUUGCUAUAAAAUUACAAUAAUAAAUAAAUUAAGUAAACUCGUACCUUUGGUCGCUCAAAUGUGCUCUACGCUGCUUGGCAGCUAAUUAAGAUGCGUCUUAAAAUCAAAAUGCAUGCCUCAGUGUCUGUGUGUACGUGUUUGUGUGUGCAUAUGAAUAAACAGAAAUUUAUAGAUAUUUUAUAUGAAAAUGAGACGCUAACUCUCUCUCUCUCACUCUGUGGAAUAUUUUGUAUUUUGUAUAGUAAUGUAUUUGGUGUGCCAUUAGAGCGCUAAGUCUGCCACAAAAGGAGAGGAAGAGGAGCAAGAAGAAUGUAACAAAGAAAAAAAUGUUAAAAUACAAAAAAUAUAUUCAACUCGAAUAUGUUUUUUUGAAAAUGUUGAUCUGCAGUAAAAAAAAUGUAUUUUUUACAAAAAGUUGUUGUAGGCGCUUUACUAUGUAUGAAAAGAAAAUUGCUCAGUGAAGUGCAUUUAGUAUUUUAAGUAAGCAAUAAUGACUCAUAUUGAGUAUAGUUUAAUUUGAAAAAUAUUUAGCAAUAUUUAAUAAGAUUUUUCUAAGCUCACUUGUAUUGUAUGUAUGUAAUUAGAUAAUAAUUUAGCCUUAAUUAAGCACUAAAUAAUUUUAUUAUAAUUUUCAUGAUAAAAAAAAGUAUCCAACUACUUUCCAUUUAUCUCACUGUUAAAUUCCAUAUUUUUUUUUUCAAAAAUAAAUUUUGGAUUUAUUUAUAUACAAAAAUUUCCAAAAUUUUGAUUUUUUUUUAAUUUGAUUUAUUUAUUUUCCAAAUUUUCAAAAAAAAAAUAUUAAAAAUUAAAAUUAAAUUUUUUUUGCUGAAAUAACUACCUAAAUAAUUCUUCUUUCCUAUGCCAAAUUUCUCUAAAUGCUUUAGUACAAUUUAUUUCUUUUAUUCCUCAAAAUCAGCACUAUGUACUUUCUGUCUAUUUUUUUAAAUUUUCCAAAUAAUUUUUGGUCUAAAUUGUCGACACACAAUUUAUUAACAA